CGAUGCGCAUGCGUCGUCCAUCUGGGCCAUUAUUUUGUCCUCCUCAAGCUUCAAAUGAACAACAGGCUAAACGUUGCUUGAAAUGAAUUAAAUAUUUAUACACGGAAGGAGUUUAUUUCUCGUCUUGUUCAUCAACGCCGACACAAAUGGAGUCUCUCGGUCAGUAGCUCGUUGUCUCGCCGGGCUCGUCGGUCCUCCGUUGGACUUGGAGGCCGAAAACAGCGAGCGGAGUGACAGCCCCGUUAACGCCAGCAGAUUGGGUGUUUAUCUGGUUGGCUAGCGACCUAGCUAGCUUCCUAGACAGCAAAGAGGGGAAGAAAACCCCGAAAGCACCAUUUGAUAACUUCGGAAAGAGAGAGCUGGGGCUGUCCCUGUCCCUGUCCAACCUACAGCGGGGAUGGCACACCUUAAAAACAUGCAAAACCAGAACACCCGGUUGGACCCCGAGGAGUACUUCACCAAGCAGGAGCGGAUUGGGAAGGGGUCCUUUGGGGAGGUCUACAAAGGCAUCAACAACCGCACAAAGGAGGUGGUGGCGAUUAAAAUAAUAGAUCUGGAGGAGGCAGAGGAUGAGAUAGAAGACAUCCAACAGGAGAUCACAGUGCUGAGCCAGUGCGAUAGCCCUUUUGUUACCAAGUAUUUUGGAUCAUACCUGAAGGGGACCAAGCUGUGGAUUAUCAUGGAGUAUUUAGGUGGAGGAUCUGCUCUGGAUUUGCUCCGUCCAGGGCCUCUUGAAGAGACUUACAUUGCUACUAUACUGAGGGAAAUACUGAAGGGUUUGGAGUAUCUGCAUUCUGAAAGAAAGAUUCAUAGAGAUAUCAAAGCUGCCAAUGUGCUCUUGUCGGAGCAGGGCGAGGUGAAGCUGGCAGAUUUCGGGGUGGCAGGACAGCUCACAGAUACCCAGAUAAAGAGGAACACAUUCGUCGGCACACCUUUCUGGAUGGCUCCAGAGGUUAUCAAACAGUCCGCCUACGACUUUAAGGCUGAUAUUUGGUCCCUAGGAAUCACAGCCAUUGAAUUGGCUAAAGGGGAACCUCCAAACUCUGACCUUCACCCCAUGAGGGUCCUUUUCCUCAUCCCGAAAAACACUCCACCCACACUGGAGGGACCUUACAGCAAGCCCUUCAAAGAGUUUGUGGAGGCUUGUCUAAAUAAAGACCCUCGUUUUAGGCCAACAGCCAAAGAGCUCCUGAAACACAAGUUCAUAACACGUUACACAAAGAAGACGGCCUAUUUGACAGAGCUGAUUGACCGUUACCGCCGCUGGAAGUCAGAGGGGCACGGGGAGGAAUCCAGCUCUGAUGACUCGGAUAUGGAUGCUGACGGUGACGUGGACACGUGUCCGAUGUGGACCUUCCCCACAGUCAGACCCUCCUCUCUGAACAAGCUACAGAAGGGCUACACACACACAGAUUCAGAUUCAGGGGAUUUGGUGAAAAGACAACCUAAGUCACAAUGCCUGUCUGCUUUGGUAACACCCAUUUUCAGAGAGUUAAAGGAGAAGCGACGGGCGAGCGGCGCUGGCGUAGGAGCAAUCGAGGAGCUGGAAAAUGCCUUUAACCUGGCAGAGGAGUCCUGUCCGGGGAUCUCCGACCGCCUCGUCACGCACAUGAUGGAGAGAGUGUGCAGGUUUUCUUUAAAUGGUAACACCACCCAGUCUUCGCGGUGAAACUCCAGCUGGAUGUAACUGAACCCCUAACCCACGUUUAUUUGUCUCCCAGACCCCCCCAACCCCUCAGACAAGGACCACAGAAGACCCCCCCCCCCCCCCACAACACCCCUUGUAUCUUUGCAUCCUUCCCUGUCCUGUCCACAAGAGAUCUUUUAAUUAGUUAUAAUUAAAUAUUUUUACAGUUUUUCUUUAAGAGCGGAGAGUAUUUAAGACAAAAAAGCCAUGUUACUUAGAGCGUUGUGUAUACCUGUUAGACUGAAGAAAAAAACUAUAAUAAAGUCUAUGGAAAAUG